AUUAUGUGAGUGAAGCUAUAAUUGCCUAUCAGACAUGUUUUUAGGCACUAGAGAUGCAGCCAUUCUUUUUUCUUUUUCUUUUUCUUUUUUUCUUUUUUUUUUUUUUUUUGGGGGGGGGGGUUAAGAAUCAACAUGGGCGCUUUCAUCGAUAAGAGAGCAUGUACGAAGAGCGCAGGUAAGCUCUAAUAACAGAGAAACGAGGAGGAAACGUGAGGGGAGGCGUCAAAUUGUACCGAGACAACAUGAAGCGAUUAGAUGCUGGUGUCGAGAAUCCCUGCCCUUCGACCUCGAAAGGAGGGAUUGGGAAGGAGAAAGAGCGAUUAGCUCCUGCUGCUAGUACAAGUCAAUCUCAUCGGUACGCGGGACAGGAUUCUAGACCCACGUUCGAAGAGGCGAAGUACCCUGAUGACGUGGCCGCGGAAGACUCGGAAUCGGAAAGCGAGGAUUCAGAUGUGAGUGGAUCUGAUGGGGAAGACACUUCUUGGAUCUCCUGGUUCUGCGGCUUGAGAGGCAAUGAGUUUUUCUGUGAGGUUGAUGAUGAAUAUAUUCAGGAUGACUUUAACCUAAGUGGUUUAAGCAGCCAUGUUCCCUAUUAUGAUUAUGCGCUCGACCUGAUCUUGGAUGUUGGAUCCCCAAGUGAUGACAUGCUAACUGAGGAGCAGAACGAGCCGGUAGAGUCCGCUGCUGAAAUGUUGUAUGGGUUAAUACACGUUCGCUACAUCCUAACAAGCAAAGGAAUGAAUGCAAAUGGUAUGGGAGUUCUUCAAAAAUGUAAAACUGUGGACUUCGGUCGAUGCCCUCGCGUCCACUGCUCUGAACAGGCAUGCUUGCCCAUGGGACAGUCGGAUGUUCCUCGAACAAGCACUGUGAAGAUCUAUUGUCCAAAGUGUGAAGAUUUAUAUUCUCCUCGAUCGAAAUUUCAAGGCAAUAUCGAUGGUGCUUAUUUCGGUACAACUUUUCCCCAUCUUUUCUUGGUGACAUAUCCCUGCAUCAAGCCUUCAAAACCAACUCAAAGCUACACACCAAGAAUAUUUGGUUUCAAACGUCAUAAGAGUACAAGGUAGCAUAUUUUCAUUUGAAGAGCAUCACAUGUCAUAGAACCUUUCUGCAUCCUCAUAGAGGGAUUGGCUCGUGAACUGCUCUGUAAUUCUGAGAAAUUUGAUUUUCAAUUUAGAGGAUGUGACUGUGCCCUUAACAUGCGCAGAGAGGUCAGAAGGUAGACUUUAGUGUAAGUCGAGUGCAUCUUGAAUUGAUUGUUGCCUCUCUAUUUGAUUCGGUUGGAGUAGCGCCCACCUUGUUUAGAUACAAAUAGUUUUGUGUAGUCUAGACUUAAGAUUUCAAGCGGAAGUCGUCCUUUCUCUCUAGAGCUUGAUAUUCACUCCUAUCGGGUAAUCAUCAUGAUAACCUCGAUUAAUGAUUCAAACCUGAACGCAUUGACUGUCGUCACAUGCAAUCACUGAA